AUGGAAACAAGCAAGAUCGCAUCACAUGUAAGAUGCGAGGGCCAUUGCCCCGCGCUGCGGGUCGCGCUAUCGACGGCGCCGCGCCCUUUAACACCACAUCCGUCGAGCUGGCUAUCUGCAACCAGUCGCCUACAUUUCCGUGAGAACAGCAGUCGCCACACUAAUCGCGCGCGUCGAGGUGACAUCAGUAUGCGCCGGCGCAGCUCUCAACACUUGUACGAGAUAAGACAAGGAUCUUUCAAG